CUGUAAAGGACCCUACAGCCGUAGAAAGAGCAAAUUUACUGAACAUGGCUAAAUUGAGUAUCAAAGGACUCAUUGAAUCAGCUUUGAGCUUUGGCCGCACUCUGGAUUCUGACUACCCACCUUUGCAGCAGUUCUUUGUUGUCAUGGAGCACUGCCUGAAGCAUGGCCUUAAAGUAAGAAAAUCAUUUCUAAGUUACAAUAAAACCAUCUGGGGUCCUCUGGAACUUGUGGAGAAAUUAUAUCCAGAAGCUGAGGAAAUAGCCGCAAGCGUCAGAGAUUUGCCUGGCCUGAAAACCCCUCUGGGCCGUGCCCGUGCCUGGUUACGGUUAGCACUAAUGCAGAAGAAAAUGGCUGACUAUCUUCGCUGUUUAAUAAUUCAGAGAGAUCUGCUCAGUGAAUUCUAUGAAUAUCAUGCACUAAUGAUGGAGGAAGAAGGAGCAGUUAUUGUUGGACUGUUAGUUGGGUUAAACGUAAUAGAUGCUAACCUGUGUGUGAAGGGAGAAGACCUGGAUUCACAA